AUGGCAUCCGUUCCCUCAGCCUCUGCCUUCUCAUUGCCAAUUCCAUCAUGGCAACAACCUCAAAGUGCGCGCGUUGCCCGGUAUGAGUCGAGGAAGCGUAGGAAAGACUAUUAUGGCUGGGACACUGAGGACGAUGUUUUUGAAGGCGACACAACUGAUGCAGGAUCUGAAAUUGCACCUUCUGGUGCAUCAUUGAUUCUGUCACCAGAAGAAGCACAUCAAUAUCGCAUAGCCGGUCUAUCUUUCGACAGAGAACUACCAGGGGGCCAUUUCCCACAUGGUCCCGCCAAAGAUGAAACCGCUAGCAACCGGAGAAAGGAUAAUGUUAUGAAAGGAUUAUCAUCAUUGACACCACCGGUUUACCCACCACAGUCUGCUGCCUAUCAAGGCAACCUUCGUCUGCAGCAUCUCGCUGUUCUCUCUUCUAUUUUGCAUCGUUGUCUUCUUGAUAGAGACUACAUCCGUGCUGGAAGGGCCUGGGGUUUAAUCCUUCGUGAGGAGUUUCAAGGAAGCCCAAUCGAUGUGCGCGCUGAAGGGAGAUGGGGUAUUGGAGCUGAAAUCUUGCUCCGUCGAGAUCGCCAGCAUUCGGAUCACGCCUCGGGAUCUGCGAGAGCUAUCAAAAAUGGCCAGAAGUCGGAAGUUCCUGGGCUUUAUUUUACAAGACAAGGGUUCGAAGCUGCCAAGCAAUACUAUGAGAGACUCGUGGUCCAGUAUCCAUUUCGGAAAACUGCUCCGGACUUCACAAGUUCUUUGCACUUUUACCCAGCCAUGUUCGGACUUUGGGUUUAUGUUACACAAGAGGAGAGCAAUGCUGCUCGCCAAGAUAUCCGGAAUCGCCAGGAAGUUGCACCCAAGGAAGACUCGGACGAUGCAGCAUCUGAUCUAGAGAGUUCCGACGGCUCAAGUCAAGAAAUGCAAAGCCUCAUCGCAGACAUCAGGGCAAUUGAGCUACACGAAGCCCAGAAGAUUGCGGCAAGAAUGGAUGAAGUUCUUGUCUCUCCCCCCUAUUCGGAUUCUCCCGAGCUAUUAGAACUUAGAGGCAUGGUUUCUCUUUGGAUCGGCGACCUUUUCAUGUCUUCCUUGGCUCAUCGCAUGGAGGAUACCGACGGGUUUGAUGACACCGACUUGAUCCCAGGAGAGGGCUUUCAAAACUCAAUUCAAGCCAGACGGGAGCAGAGACUUGCAGAUGAGAAGAGACGAUCUGAGGUUGAAAAGGCUCAAGAUUUCUUUGACAAAGCGAAGCAGCGUGGCAAAGGGAUGACCUCGACACUUGAGGACCUACACAUUGACGACAAUGCUUCUCUCGAUGGAUAA